GUUAAGCGUUUUACAACCCAAAGAAAUUUGCUCCAUUCACUUUUCGAGAUAGUCACAGGCUUAGUAACUACUUGGGAUCGAGUUUGACUUACUUAAAGUCAACAAGCAACGUCUGAAAUAGUUAGUUUGUUGAAUUCAACCAGUCGACAUGUUUAACUUUGCAGUAUUUCUCGUUAUCUUAGUGGUAGGGUUGGCUCGGUUCUGCAUAAACCGGAGCAAACUGCAGCAACUGGCCAAACAUUUUCCCGGUCCAAAACCAGCCUUAUUGGUCGGAAACUUGCUGCAAUUUCCUGCGGACAUUGGUGGCAUCUUCCGGCGGAUGGUUUACUAUCACGAAAAGUUCGGUCCGGAUAUCGUGACGUGGGGCAUUGGCAACACUCUGAAGUUCAAUGUUAGCAGUACUCGCAAUGUGGAAAAGGUCCUGAUGGCGAAAACCGUGCAAAAGUCUCUGUCGUAUAGCUUCAUUGAACCCUGGCUGGGUAAGGGACUGCUGACUUCAACCGGGAGAAAAUGGUUCCAGCGACGGAAGAUUAUCACACCAACGUUCCAUUUCACGAUUUUGGAAGGUUUUGCAGAAGUGUUCAAUCGAAAUGCGGACACCUUGAUCGAUAAGCUGAAAGUGCAUGAAGGAGGUUCGGAGUUCGACGUAUAUCGUUACGUUUCGUUGUACGCAUUGGAUAGUAUCUGCGAAACAGCGAUGGGAGUUCAAGUGCAUGCUCAAGAUGAUCCGGAGAACCAAUACGUUCGGGACGUAAAUCGAUUGUCAGAGUUGUUUCUGUUAAGGAUUUUCAGUUUCCUGGGAAUGUUUCCAACGCUAUAUUGGUACUUGCAUCCAAAUGCUUGGGAACAGCGAAAGUUGAUCCGAACACUACAUCAGUUCACGGAUAACGUAAUCUGGAAACGUCGCGAGCAGUUGAUGAAUGGACCUCGUAAUGACGAAAUGGACAACACUACCUCAUCGAAGAAAAAGCAAACUUUCCUCGAUCUCCUUCUGUGCAUGUCCGUAGAAGGUCAGUCCCUAUCAAACGAAGACAUCCGAGAGGAAGUUGACACGUUCAUGUUUGGAGGCCACGAUACCACCUCAUCCGCAAUUUCAUUCACCAUUAUGCAACUAGCAUUGCAUCAGGACAUCCAAGACAAACUCUACGCGGAAAUCGUUUCCAUCCUGAAAGGUCAAAACCUUAAAACUACUCAUCUGACUUUCAACAACAUCCAAGACUUCAAAUAUCUGGAUCUGAUUGUGAAGGAAUCGCUGCGAUUACUUCCACCAAUAUCCUACGUUGGUCGGAAGCUCACGGAAGACACGGAGCUCAACGGAGCCACCAUCCCAGCCGGACAAGACAUAUUCAUCCCCAUUUACAUGGUGCACCGAAAUCCGAAAAUCUAUCCAGAUCCAGAACGCUUCAUCCCGGAGCGAUUUGCCGAGAAUGCCGAAAACCUCCGAGGUCCAUACGAUUACAUUCCGUUCAGCAUCGGGUCGAGGAACUGCAUCGGACAAAAGUACGGAAUGAUGCAGCUGAAGAUGACGGUCGUUCGACUGAUUGCGAACUUUCGUGUGCUGCCAAGUGAGGCGACGGCCUCUGUGAAAUUGCGAACCGAUUUGGUGCUGCGACCGGAGUAUGGCAUUCCUAUCAAGAUAGAGGCGAGAAAUUGAAGAGCUGCCUUGGAUGGGGUACCUGAGUGGGUUGUUGAGUGUGGAUUUAAAAAUUAUUCUAGAUAAAUACACUAGUGAAAUAACGUAUCAGUGCUUAUUAUCGAGUUUGUUAUUUUUUGUUUCCCAAUAAAUUCAAAUGAUUAUGUAUUAAUCGCCUUUCAA